CCCCGGUGAGCUCCUUCAGCAGGAGCCGCAGCCAUGUCUCUGUGCGAUGUGGAAGGAAGCAUAAGCUAGAAGAAGAGGCAGAAGGCUGUCCUGUGCGGAAGAAGAGACUGACAGGAACCAAAAAUUGCCCUUUGAAUCCCAACACUGAAGAAUGGAUUCUUUGUGCAGGUCAGCAGGCAGCUGGGGAGGUAGCAAGUCAGUAUGGUGGCAGCGGUCCUGAAACUGCCAUGUUAGAAAUUCCCUGUGAAGAAAUGGAUCAGACAAUGGGGGAACAGCAAUGCGAGGUUGCUCGCAGGAAACUUCAGGAAAUUGAGGACAGGAUAAUUGAUGAAGAUGAGGAAGUUCAUGCUGAUGGAAAUGUUAGCAAUCUGCCCACUCUUAUCCUGUCAGAUACCCUUAAGAAAGGGAUGAAGAGGGAUUUUGGUGAAGUCCUGACAAAGAAAAUAAUAGAAUCUAUGAGCCGUCCUUCUAUGGAACUCGUGCUUUGGAAACCUCUUCCUGAAUUUAUGACAGAUAAACUGAAGUCUGUUUCUGUUAAGAACUUCAAGCAGCAGAGUACAGAAUUAUGUCAAGCUAAGCAGCCAAUACCAAGAGCUCCUUUUGACCCACAGACUGAAACGUUCCCUGCAUCACAACAGACUGCCAUGUCUCCAGAUCCAUAUGCUAGUUUGGGAAUAUCUGGGUGUGCAGAAGAAGAAAUGGAGUUGUAGAUGCCAGACUUUAGACUGGAAGUGGUGAGCUUCUGAUGCCUAUUGUUGAUGUUUUUUUGAUUAUUUUUUCUGGUUUGAUGUGUGAAUCUGAAGUUAUAUUAUUUGUUUUUUUGUUUUCUUACUAACAAUCAUAAGCACACCACAAUCAUAGGGUGGCCAGGAAACACCCUAAGAUUUCUGUGUUCCAAUCUGUUAAAUAUUCUUAUUUUUACUGAAAAGGUAAUUCAGAGGCCUUUGGAACAGGGAAGUAGCUUUCCAUCUUGCUUAGUGGUGAAAUAUCCUCUUAAUUGCCCUUGGUUAAGCAUAAAAUCCAAAUAUUGAAUGUAACUGUGGCUUAAGCCACACCUUUGUCUUACUGAGCCAUUGAAACUGGUGCACAUACUAUUCUUGGCCAUUUGGUUUAAACUGAAUUACAAAAUGUAAAGGAAGAAACAUCUUCAAAUCUAGUCAUGGAUAGAAAAGCAGUCCCUCUGGUAAUACAGCUUUUCACACCAUCUUAUUUGUUUGGACUUUACUAUGUAAACUCAGAUGUAGAAAUUACACAGUCCAUGGGGUGCUAGGGAAGGAAUAUUACAGCUGAGCAUAAGUCUUUUGCUUUGUAGAAAGUAAAGCCAGCACUUGUAACUUGCAGGAUACCUGCUGACUUCAGUCAUCUUUGGUUCAUUGGCUUCUAAAUUUUAUUUGUGGGUUUUUGAUGUUCCCUUCCCCAAAGUGGUUCUCAGCAAAAAGAUUUUACAUUGUGCUGAGAUUCUCUGUAUGCAUGGAGUUGGAAAGUCAAUUAGGGCAGUGUAACUUCUGCUGAAAUGAAUGGCAUCCAUUGAUUUGGGUAAACAUGAUAAGUAAAUCAGCUAGCAGGGAUGAUGGUGCUUGCUGCCAUUGGGAGGGUCAAAUGCUGGGUCUGUACCCAAGUCCCAGCCUUUGGUGGCUUUGGUGGUGAGCUAAAGGAGGUGCCUGUCUUUUUCCUGAGAGAAUCUAGACCUAAAAUUUAAGCCACAGUAUGUGCCAAUAAUAUAGCCUCACAUUGUUUGUACAGAUGUAUGCCAAAAGAACUUUGUACCCUGCACAGAGUGCCAAGGAAAGGAGCUCACAAUGAGCUAUUGCUUGUACCUUUUCUCAGUGCACAGCAGUUUGUUAUGCUUAAGGUUUUCUAAGUUGUUUAAGGGUUUUAUCUUUUGUUCUUAAGUCCUUGAGCUUUCUCAGAGAUACCUGAACUGAGGCUUUUAUAAGAAAUCCUUUCCAAGUAACAGGUUCUGCUCAGAGUCCGAUGUCCCAAUCUGGUUUUGACAUCUUGCUAACAUAAAGGAGCAAGUACACAGGAAUGCAGCUGCAGAAAAUCUACUCUUCUCUGCAGAGCUGAAAGAUAAUCCUUGGGAUAAUAUUCUUCACUGUUGAAUAACCCAUAGCUGAAAGCUUAAAAUCAGUCUUCUCUUUUUGCAGUCCUUCUGGUUGUUCAAAACAUACCUGUUUGUUGAACCCUGUUUAUCUUGCUGCUUUUGUUGAAGGUUGUCUGAAAUUUCCUGUCUCUUGAUAAAACAUUUUAGAGUUUCACUAAAAACACUCCAGCAUUUGAGUAGGUGUUACUCUGGAAACCAGUGCACACCUGUACCAUUCUGGAAGGUUUAUUAAGUUGAAGAACAUGUGCAGCCUAUCUUGCUAUAAUGCCUAAUUUCAUUUCAGGGUCUGCUAUAAAUCUUUUGCAUGAACUGUGGAAAAUUUCUUAUGUAUUAUUAAGCUGCUGAACAUCUUUUAAAACCUACAGCCUCUGAUGUGCUCCAGUGGUUGAGCAGAACAUAAAGCAGUCAGUUUGGAGAAAGCUGUAGUCACUGCAGGUAGAAAAUGUGAUGCCUCCAAGUAAGUGACUGGUUUUUAGCUUGCUGGAUUAUAGUUAAAGUAUUUUAGGUGAAAGCUCUGAAUCCUAAAUAAAUUGAAAAAAAAGGAUAAAAUUUCAAAAAUAUUAUGAAACCAUCUCAGCAACACUGAAACUGCAACAGAAGAUGCAAAAAAACCCUCUGGGAGGCCUAAAUACAUCAAUUGAUGCAGUUGUUUUUCUCUUAAAAACACCAAAUUGCAUAUCAGAUUUGCAGAAUUUCUUGUGGAUGGCUUUUAAACAUACUUUUUUUCCUGCUAGGUUGCUACCAAAGGUUGACUUUUAGAGGUGUUUUUCCUCUUAAUUCAAUGCCUGUAGGGCAUCACUGACCUGUUACCUGCCAUCUAAAACAAGAAUAGAGUGGUGCACUGUUGACAAAGACUAUGAGAUGGACAAAAAAAAUUGUCUAAAAAGUUUGCUUUGAUAGAAAACAUUUGCUUUCAUUUUUUCACAAUGCAUUUCUGCCCUUAUGAUAGGAGACAGAGGGGUUGAGUUGCUUAAAUUGAUGGAAGAGUGGGCACCAAGUGACAGGAGCACUGAGCAAGAUCCUUGCUGCAGCAAUCACUUGGAGAGGGUGACUGGAUGGGAGAUCAAGCUGUGGGCAUUUACAGACUUCUGUAUUUGUGAGUUUCAUUUGUUGUUGUCUUCAUUAAAGACUUUUAUUAAUGCUGUUCACAGACAGGAUGGCAAAGGCGACGCAGUAUUAGAAAAAACAUUAUUUUGAAAUAUUAAAGAUCUGAUUCUGGUCUGUCUUCUCUUGGGACCAAAUCACCCUUUGUAUGUCAGUUUUCAAUAAAUUUUCUAAAAUAUUUUUUAGAUGACUGUUUCAUUCCUGGUAAGAGUGAUAAAACCUUGGGAGUCCAUGUGUAGUCCUUCAGCUGGACAGUGAAGUUCUCUUCUGGCUUAAGAAGAUUUGAAUUUUACUAUGUUAUGUUAAAGGCAUUCCCCUUUUUUCCUCCACAAUAUUCACUAGGACAAGGGAAGGCAACAGCAAAAUAGAAUAAAUCUGAAGCUGCCAGGAAGGAAAAGUUAUCUAAAGUCUGUCAUGAUCCAAAGACCUCUGACAAAGCAAUAGGGGUACCAAAAAGUGUUGCUAUAGCUUGUGUUUUGAGAUCUUUUAUUUUACUUCAGAAUAAAAUUACUCAGAACUAAGCAAGGUAGGUAUUUUUAAAGUUAAGGAAUGUUUGAGUAGAGUUUUAAAUUCAGAUUUUAGUCAUUUUCUUGGAAGGUAAGACUUGCUUUUUUUGUGUACCAUCUUAGUGGACUUGAUUCUAGUAGAAAAUACCAGUGCUCAUAGGGAUUCUCCAUGGUAGUAGGCUUCCAGAUGCCAAACAAGAACUAGUUCUGUGGAUUUAGUGGAAGAGGUCUCAGCAACUGUUAACACCAGUGUUUGCACUAAGUCAGGAUAAAGCAUGCCAGGAUAGAGCUGUUGAGAAGGGAAAGCAAAACAGCGUAAAGAGUAAAGACCACAUCCUUGAACAUUUCUGUCUCCUGUGCUUAAGGAGGCUGAAAUGUUAAGCACAUCCCAUGUCCUACUGUGAUGAAAAGGAGACUGUAAUACAAUUUUCUUUGGAUUUUUUAGAUGUUGAAAUGGCUUGCUCAUGGUUGCCAGGAAGAGCUGGGGCUUCAUAAAAGGGUGCUUACAAAAUGUAUGGCAAAGCUACAGAUCAAAUCCUCACUUCUGCUUUUUUUGGACAUGCAACAAUUGGAUACUAUUGUAGUCAUCCCUAUUUGUCACCAUGAAAGGAAAGCAAUUUAUUCUUCUGACUACUUGGAUUUUCAAUCUAAAUUUGUUACACUGCACAGCUGUAGUCUUCUACCCACUAUUCAGGUGGAAUCCUUCAUUAUAAACUAGGUUACUCAAGCUUGUAAUCCAAAGCAGUCCUGUCACCUUGAAUGUUACUGACUGAAACCUCUCUGGUUUUCUUUCUUCCCCACCCCAAGUUAUUUUUGCCAAAACUGAAUGCAAAACAUGAAAUAGCACUGAAACCAAGAGCAGCUGUGCCAACACCUGCAACAGCUCUCAUCUUCAGUAUAAAAUUUCUUCUGUCUCUCCAAGCUUUUUAAAUAUUGUGAUAAAUAUUGGAUACUGGAGCAAAUGGAUGUGGACAAUGAGAAGUCCUGCUGUGGUAUUUGAAAUGAGCUCCUGACAAGUCCAUUUGAUGCUUCAGGAUUUCCUGUGGUAAUACAGAACCUGCAACCAUUUUCAUACAAUGUCUGUGCACCCACCUCCCCUCAGAUGGAGAAUUCUGGACAGCAUUGCUGGCCACCAGGGUGCCACAACUGCCCUGACUUUUGAAUAUUUAGACUUCAAGCUCCUGCCAUGUGCCUGCCUCACAGAGGCUGAAAGUUUUGCUCUGGCCCUCACACAAACCCAUCUACCACAUCCAGUGUCCCCAAAAGGGAACUGCUGAAGCACCCAGCUGCAGACACCGUAUGAACAGUGCUCCCCAAUAUAUUGCAGCAGGAUGAGACACUGAGGGACCUGAACUUAAAUUCUCCAAGGCCCAAAUCCUCUCCCCUCCCCAGUGAGUUCUAAGGCAAAACAGGGUCAGUGAGCUGCACUGCAUUUUAAUUGCACCAAUACAGUUAAAUAUUAAAUGGACAAAGCAACUCUACAUAGCAAAUGGAAAACAAGCAUUUAGUGAAGCUUUAAGACUUAGAGACUAUUAAGGUCUAGCCCAGUUGCCUAUACAUGAAUAUCCCAGUUUAGUUUUUGGUGUUAAAAUUUUAACUGGAAAACAAAACAUUUUCAGGUUCAGAGAGAAUGAGCAAGUU